AUCAGAUUUCUUCUUCCUCUUUCAUUUUCUCUCCUUUACCUUUCCUUUUCUCUUACCUCUGCAAACCCAGAUCUGGGUUUUCUCUCAAACUUCAUCUUCUUCCUUCUUUCCUCCUGUCACGCCCCAAAACCCAAAUCUGAGGCGCGACAGACGCCGUACACUCGUGAAACGGGUCCCACAAGUGCACAAAGCUCGGAACUUAUCAUAUCACAAUCUGAUACCACCAAAAUCUGAAGAUCAAAUCUUUAAAAUUUCUCCGAUAUCAUAAAUCUCCAAAUACACUCUAGCUUACAAAAUCACGAUUUAUUUCUAAAAUCUAUAUCAAUCUCGAAAUGGCUAGCUUUCUAACUCGUCACUUCCCGUAGUUUCCCCGUCCUCAGUUUCACUUCCUGAAAUGGUGGACAAGGAAAACUAUGAGAUAAACUCAGUAAGUAAAAUAUGGAUUGCCCUUAAUUAAACUUAUAGCAUGCCAACAUGUGCAAUCACGAAAAACGGAUACAAUACGGGAACGAAUUAGACGUCUCCUCUAUAGGUCACGGCCAGCGUCUAACACCCACUGGCAGGCGCACUGUUUGCUGGUGUAUAAUCCCCACAAGCAGGGUCACUCAACGAACCGGUUCUAUCAAUAACAUGUCAACAUGUGCUAGUGUUUAUAACCUCCCCCACUAGCAGGGUUACGAAUAACAUAUCGACAUGUGC